CUCCCUGCAUUGAGAGCUGCUGGCUAUGCCGUUUGGGGUCAGUGUGAAGGACCCAGCCAUCAGGAGACUCUGCACGCCAGCACCCAAGCAGUGGGUUGGGCUGGGGCUCCCCGAAUCCUAGGGAUAACAUAGGUACUUGGUUGCCCCGACCCGAGGGACUAGUCAACGUGGAUAACCGGGAAAGAGUGGGAAAAAAGACAGAAGAAUGGGCCUGGGCCCUUGCUGCUUGAUCAGACACUCUGCCUCCAGACCAACUGUGCCGGAUCUCCUGCCUCUCUGGCUAAGCCUGGCAGGCGGGGCUCCCUCUGGCCUGGGCCCUUGCUGCUUGAUCAGACACUCUGCCUCCAGACCAACUGUGCCCGAUCUCCUGCCUCUCUGGCUAAGCCUGGCAGGCGGGGCUCCCUCUGGCCUGGGCCCUUGCUGCUUGAUCAGACACUCUGCCUCCAGACCAACUGUGCCGGAUCUCCUGCCUCUCUGGCUAAGACAGACCGGAAAGAGAGAUUCUUCCUGCUUCUGCCAGUAAUUCUUGCCUUUGGCUGAAGCAGAGAAAAAAAACAAAACUUCUCUGGUUUCGUUUUCCUGGGAAAUGAAACUCAUCCCAUUGGUUCCAGCCUGGCAGGCGGGGCUCCCUCUGGCCUGGGCCCUUGCUGCUUGAUCAGACACUCUGCCUCCAGACCAACUGUGCCGGAUCUCCUGCCUCUCUGGCUAAGCCUGGCAGGCGGGGCUCCCUCUGGCCUGGGCCCUUGCUGCUUGAUCAGACACUCUGCCUCCAGACCAACUGUGCCCGAUCUCCUGCCUCUCUGGCUAAGCCUGGCAGGCGGGGCUCCCUCUGGCCUGGGCCCUUGCUGCUUGAUCAGACACUCUGCCUCCAGACCAACUGUGCCGGAUCUCCUGCCUCUCUGGCUAAGACAGACCGGAAAGAGAGAUUCUUCCUGCUUCUGCCAGUAAUUCUUGCCUUUGGCUGAAGCAGAGAAAAAAAACAAAACUUCUCUGGUUUCGUUUUCCUGGGAAAUGAAACUCAUCCCAUUGGUUCCAGCCUGGCAGGCGGGGCUCCCUCUGGCCUGGGCCCUUGCUGCUUGAUCAGACACUCUGCCUCCAGACCAACUGUGCCGGAUCUCCUGCCUCUCUGGCUAAGUGCCGGAUACUGCAUCUGACGUGCCCCCCGUGAGUUACUGUCCAGCAUGGCCUUCCUCUUCUCUUCGGCGAGCACCUUGACCAUGUCCGUCUUCUCCAAGACCCUGGCAGCGGCUAGUCUGGCCAAAGCAGGGGGCAUGGCUGUCUCAGGCCAAGUCCUGACUGGCCUGUGCUCCAUGGCUCAAGCCUCGGCCUCCAAAGUUGCCCUGGGGUCAGCUAUGUCCACCCUGGGUCCCUGGCUGGCGUCAGUGAAGACCUCGGCUGCUGUGGUGGGCUCCUCUGCCACUACCCUGGCAACUUCCUCCGUUGCAGCCAAGUGUGCCGCAGGUGCGGUGGGAGGAGCUGUUGCCGUGGUGUCUGUGCCCGUGACUCUGAGUGCCCUGGGAUUCACCAGCACAGGAAUCGCAGCCUCCUCGCUGGCAGCCAAGAUGAUGUCAGUAGCGGCCAUUGCCAACGGGGGAGGGGUGGCUGCAGGCAGCCUGGUGGCCACUCUGCAGUCAGUGGGGGCCGCUGGACUGUCCUUGUCAUCCAAGCUCAUCUUGGGAGCCAUUGGGUAUGGUGUUGGGGUCACGACGGCAUGUUUGUAAGCAAACACCCUCUCUUGAUGGGCUCAGGGUGAAAGCAGCUCUUUCACCCUAGAGGUCCACCCUUCUGGUCCUCAGAAGGGCACUGCCUAGAGGGAGAAUUGCGGUUCCCCCCCCCAUUGUUCAAACCUGAGAAAUAAAGGUGAGCUACGGUGA